AUGUGGCGGCACCGCCUCUACGAGUGGAAGAACAGCUCGCUGGUGUGCGGACCGGUGCUAAGGACGGGACCGGGGCUGGGGCAUCCAAAGAAGACGUCUACUCCUCCUCCUCGUCCUGCUGCUGCUUUGAGUCCUGCAAAGACGCCCACUUCUUCUUCGGCGAGCAAAGAGAAGAAAAAAGAGGAAGAGGAGGAUGAGGUGUGGUUCACGCCUGAAAAGAAAGAGGAGCAGGAAGAGGAGGAGCGGAAGGUUUCGUCGACGAAGAAGAAGGUGCUCACAGUGAAGCGUCGACUGUGGCAGGGAGAUGAGGAGGACGAGGAUGAAGAGAAGGAGGAGGAGAAGGAGGAGGAGGAAGUCCCUGCAGGUGACAAGCGAGUGCUUCGCAGUUCGGCCAAUCCGGUCGCUUCUCCGCAGAAAGUUCAGCUAUUGUCGCCUUCGAAAUCGGUGGCCGCCUCUCCGGCAAAGCAGCAGUCGCCUACUAAGCAACAGACGCCACCACCACCACCCCCGGCAACACCUACUAAGUCGUCACCAUUAAAGUCUCAUCGCCAAUCAUCACCACAACCAUUAGUAUCACCAAUUAAAACUCGCCAAUCAUCGUCAUCACCAUCACCACCAGCUGAACCAUCGCUGACCACAACCAUUGAAAAGGUAAAUGAAGACGAAAAUGGACACAUCGAAGACCACAGCAUGACUAACAAUGCCAGAACGAACAAUAAGGACCUGGAUUGCUGCGUGGACGAAGAGGUGUCAAAGACACAGGGUGAGAAUUCGGACACAGAGGCGGAGGCCGACGAGGAGAGCUUUGAGACCCUCAACAGCCUCUACCGAAAAUCCUGCA